AUGGUUCAAGUUAAAGCAACAGCUAUUACCCUCCUCCUUGCUAGUCAGGUCCUAGCAAAUCCCCUUGGGCCUCGACAGGACUCUGUGGGCAUUGACGCCAAAUUCAAAGCUCACGGAAAAAAGUACUUGGGAAAUAUCGGUGAUCAGGGAACUCUAACUGAGAAUACGAAGAACGCGGCAAUUAUCAAGGCUGAUUUUGGUCAACUAACUCCAGAGAAUAGUCUGAAGUGGGAUUCUACUGAGCCCUCACAGGGAGAAUUUUCAUUCACAGGGUCAGACUAUUUGGUCAACUUUGCCCGGUCAAAUGGAAAAUUGGUUCGCGGUCAUACUCUCGUGUGGCACUCCCAGUUACCAGCCUGGGUCUCUUCUAUAACUGACAGAAGCACCCUAAUCAACGUCAUGAAAAACCACAUUACCACUGUCAUGACUCGUUAUAAGGGUCAGGUUUACGCUUGGGACGUCGUAAAUGAAAUUUUCAACGAGGAUGGCUCUCUACGCAACAGCGUGUUCUACGAUGUUAUUGGCGAGGAAUACGUGCGGAUUGCCUUCGAAACAGCGCGUGCUGCAGAUCCCAAUGCCAAGCUUUAUAUCAAUGACUAUAACCUGGAUAGUUCCUCUUAUUCUAAAGUGACCGGUAUUGUCAGCCAGGUCAAAAGCUGGGUUGCUGCUGGCAUCCCGAUCGAUGGUAUUGGAUCACAGACCCAUUUGAGCGCCGGUGCCGGUGCUGCACCUCAAACAGCCCUCAAUGCUUUGGCUGGUGCAGGAACUACCGAGAUUGCUGUCACUGAACUUGACAUUGCCGGUGCCAGCUCUACUGACUAUGUUAACGUUGUCAAAGCUUGUCUUGACCAGCCUAAAUGUGUUGGAAUAACAGUUUGGGGUGUUGCUGAUCCGGAUUCUUGGCGCGCCAGCUCCAGCCCUCUACUUUUUGACAGCAACUAUAACCCCAAGCCUGCGUAUACCGCUAUCGCAAACUCUCUCUAA